AUGCUACGAACGCGCGACCCCCGCAUCCGGCAACGGAUCAAUCAGAUAUCCCAUAACCUAGAGACCGCCAACGAAACCGCCCAAGAAGGCAUUUACGCUUUCUCACACAACUAUAUCUCUCCCUGCUUCGCGUCGGUGGGAAAUUGCGUCACUGCCUGCACGGCCCCUUGCCUCCCGAGACGGGACGACCAUCUCCGGCGGCGACGCCGCGGCCAAGCCGAGGCGAACUUUGAUUUCUACGACGAUUGGGACAAUGAAGAAGAAGACGAUGGGAUCCUGGGCUGGGGAACAGGCGAACUUGACCGCCUGCUGGCCGGAAGCGGGCUGGCACGCGGCCCUGCAGACCAACCGCGCCGUCAAAGGCGGAUGAGCUACGGAACACGCAACACAAGACGCAGGAGCACCGUGCACAUUCCCGAUAAUCGCACCGAUCCGACCGUUAUCCCAAGCUCAUCGCUGUUGGGCUUCCUAGAGCGCUUCCCCUGGCGACUAGGCGCAAGAGGUGUCAAGUAUCGACCCUCUGCCGCUGAUUUACAGGAACACCCAGGUGCCCGGCGGUAUGCGCAUGAGGAUGAACCAUUGAUGGAAGGAACGGAUGAUGAAAUUAUCACAUCGCCUACGCCGCAUGGCAGGAACCGAAGCGCGACACAAUCAUCUCGUGGCACUGAUAACUCGCUCAGCUCGCGCGGUGAUCUAUUCCCUAGCGACGAAGAAGAAGAUGCAGUUCCCCUAGACGAUGAAUUUGCACUGGCUUUCGGGCGUCGUGGGACAGGCUUAGAGUCAGACGACCAGUCGGGACCCAGGUCUGAACUCAAAUCGGGGUCCGCUUCUAGUCUUGGUGGUGAUUCCUCCAAGAAGAUGAAACGCAAGAAGAGACGCUCUUCAAAACGCGCACAUAGCUCCACUGAUGCUGUCGAACGACAGGACAUUGAUGCCCCGUCUUUGGCUGAUCUGAAAUCAGAGGAGCAUCAGGCAGCCCUCGAAGAAGAGGCGGCAAUUGCGAACAGACGACUAGCUGCCCAGGAACUGGCUAUGAGUCGAGGCCUUGAUAUGGGAGGCGACAAGUUUGUAACAUCUAAGCGUUCAAGCAUCCUGUCCCAAGACGAGGACAAACAUUAUGAUUCCCCAAAAAGGACAUUCAGCGAGUCGUCGAGUCGUCGGCUGUCUGGAAACCAAACAGAACAAUUUCCAGCUCUCUCCAUGUCGCCUUUGUCGCUGGCUGUGGACUCUCCCGGUUUAUCGAAAGCCUCGCCGAGAGCCAUGUCGCCUCAUGAAUUGGGUGACGCCAACUCUCGGGAGUAA